AUGUGUGUGCGUCUGCAGGGGAGGAGUUUGCGACGGCGGUCUAGGCGCAUUACAGGGGGGAAGCGAAGGAGAGUGCACAUUUCACGGGAGAAAGAUAGUCUCGUUUGGGGAGACGGAGAGAGAUCUGCUUGGGGUGUAUCUACUGUAGAGCAGGCCCUCAUAGAAGGGGGUCGGCAAUACUCAUACUCUGGGGCAGCGGCUCCUCUGACUCUGGGAUUUCCGCCUACUUUCUCGUUGAGCAACAGCGAGGUUCUCUGCUGCUGCAGCUGGCGCAGGGAGUGCGCUGCAUGCACAGAGCUGUAUAAAGGCACCGAUUUGCCGUUCUGCCUGCAGUGCCUUCCCCACAGCACGCGCCAGAUGCUCCGCCAGGUGCUGCUGAUAUGUCUGGAUGGCAUGGCCUCCCUCGUCCUGCAGCGAUUUCAUUAUUCCAAGUCGGACAAGUGGAGGCGAUGGCUGGCGGUGCGGCUCCACAGAGAUCAGGUGGCUGGAUCGUCUGUCUGGGAACAACAGGAGGCAUCGCCAGCAGACCCUUCCAAGAAGCAACUGGCAGACGUCACGCGAUCCACACACCCGCCUGACAUGCUGAGGGGCGAGGAGACGCAAACGGACUCAGUCCCAGCCCUUAAGCGGCCUGAGAAUCACACGUGCUGGGGAGAGCUAAUCCCGUAUUUGAAUAUAUUUUGGCCCUUUGUAGAGCACCAGGAAUCUCCAGCGAAUCUGGACUUGUGCGUCGUGUCUGAGUUGCUGCAGCAGCUGCACGCGCUGGCUGCGGAGCAGCCUCAAAGGUUCAAGAGUUAUCCGUUGGCGUCUGAAGCGGCGCGAUAUGGUGGAGAUUUCGCGGCUGCAAAUGCCGCAGUUGCGGCAUCAAGCUGGCGGGAGGCCUCCGACGAACUCAGCAGCGAGAGCCAGUAG